CCAGAUUUUCCACCAUAUUGGAUAGUACGAAAAAAGAAAAAACAACAAACUGCUAUGGUUGAUCUUUAGACUAACCCUCCCAAUUGUAUCUAUGGCUUUUGGAUUUUUCAAAGCAGACACGCUGUACAGUCGAAGCUACCAAACAGGACCUGAGGUCAUAUAUCUCAGCAAUGUUUUGAUGUGUCAACCAAACCAAACAUGCUACAUGGGCUUGGGAAUGAAUUUUGAAGGAGGAGGAAUAUAUUUAGCAAUUUUGUGUGUAUGUGUCCUUUCCUCAUUUAAAGCACAACCAGUUGAACUGCUAGUUGUACAUUAAAAUGGACAGUUUAUUGUUUUGGGGUUUUUUUUCAGCCCAUUGCCAAUGUCAGGAAGGUUGGAGACUGUACGAGGGUCGAUGUUACUACUUUUCCACUGAUGCAAAGACGUGGUUAGAGGCAAAUGCGUACUGUUUGGGCCGUAAUGCCAACCUGAUGAGCAUUCAGAACAUCCAUGAGAGGCUCUGGGUGAGCACACAGAUCGAUGACGAUAUCUACUGGAUCGGCCUGAACGACAGAGUCACGGAAGGAACCUGGGAGUGGUCAGAUGGGAGUCCUUAUUUAGAGUUCUUGGAGUAUGUGAUCUUUACUACUACUUCAUCGUCAGAAGAUAAAACGUAGAUUACCUAAAGCUUACCUGUACUUUUUU